AUGACCCGUAAUAUCACCGAAUCAUUCCUUGGGCUGUCAAUCCUAGACGCCCCAAUUACACGUGCGCGUGUCAUUGACUAUGUCAUAGAAAGAAACUUGCAGAAAACAUCCGAGUGGGAGCUCAUAACGGAAGACCACCCCUGUUUUGCACCAGCUCUAGAGUUCCGGGAUCAAUGGGGGAUAAGGUCUGAGGUGUGGAACAACUUCAGCCGCCUACUCCAAGGCUGGCGUCAGUUGCCACUCAUCCUGCUGCACAACCCAUCCAAUACACACGACAUGGCGUUUGAGGAAAUGAUCCAAGGCUAUACACUCAAUUGGAUCUCUGAACAGCUCGCCACCUCCCACCUUUCUAUUCCUCAAGUCCCCAUUCUUGACGUCUGCAGCUUUUUUAGCGAUGGCGACUUGCAGGCAAUGGAUGAGACAACGAGAUAUGAGGCCGUCGAAGCUUCUUACGACUUGACGGAAAGUAUUUUAGCGAUCUUGAAGCCUAGAGUAAUCCUGAGCUGCCAAUGUGCAACCCAGGGAUACAGUGAAGCUGGACAAGAAGUGCGGAGACGGGCAUCAAACCUAGUGGCGCGACAACUUGGUUCGACAAUCAAAGAUGCGGUCGCGAAGCGAGCCAGUCCAAUCGACAUCCAAGGCCACAGAGUAUGGGUAGUGAAAGGAUUUCACCCUUCCGCUCUACGGCACAGGCCAGACAAUGAGCCAGACUUACUCCGUUUGUUUGAGGAAAUUUAUGAGCCAUAUACAAGAUGGAAGCGCCCCGCUGUGAUUGAAACGUUGGAGCAGACGAUCAUUGGAAUUGAAACGUUGCUCUCCUCGUUGGAGAUAUGUAGAUCAAGGUUGGAAGAUCUUUGCCUGCGGAAGAAGCAUGUCAGAACGACUACUCAACUGAUUGCUGAGCUAGAGCAAUCCAGAAAGGGGUUUCAGUCGGUUGUACAAUGCUUGAAGGCAAGUUAAC